AUGGCUUCUUCUCAAUUGAAGGCCGUCGGAUCCCUUGCUCGCGGGCUGCGCGUGUCCUGCAGGGCUUUUACCACCACCGCCCGCCAAUUCGAGGCUGUGCCCACGGCCGCAAAGACCACCUCCCCAGCUGUCGCCGAUGAGUCCAAGCCUGUCGAGAUCAGCCAGGCGCCCAAUAGACUGGGCGUCUGGUCACGAAGCCAGAAGCCGCGAUCACAAGCUAUGACCGGCCCCCGCUUCGAACAGACCGACUUUUCCGUCCAGCCUCAACCCAAGGCUGCCAUCGAAUUGAUUCACAAGGAGCCUGUACGAUGGACGCACGAUCGAAUUGUUGCCUGCGAUGGCGGCGGCGGUCCUUCCGGACACCCCAGGAUCUUCAUCAACACCGACAAAGCUGAGAUCGCCCCCUGCAACUACUGCGGCAUUCCUUACUACAUCUCGGCAGCUGUAGACCCACAUUACGACAUCAUUGCUCCGCGCGCUGUGAAGAUGCCUCAACAAUCCCACACAAUCUCUGUCGGCACGACUCUUCUGUUUACCAUUUUCCUCUUCGUCGCCUUCUUCCCUGGUCUAUUCCACUCCAUCUGGACCAUCCCUGCGUAUAUUCUUCCAUUUGCAAAAGCUCCCUCCGAGCCUGUCGCACCCACGACCAUGACCUGGUUCCAGAAGCAGUUCAGCCUCCAGGCCAAGUCGCGCGGAUCUUAUUUGGUAACGGACCAAGUCCUGCAGGCCUUGCCUGAGAUCAGGAGCUACAAGGUUGGACUGUUGAAUCUUUUCAUCCAGCAUACGAGCGCCGCCUUGAGUUUGAAUGAGAAUUUUGACGAGGAUGUCAGGGCAGACAUGAGCGACUCGCUGGACCGCAUCGUCCCAGAGGCAGGCCCCAGAGGCGAGGCACUGUAUCGUCACGACGCCGAGGGUCCUGACGAUAUGCCGGCCCAUGUCAAAUCUGCUCUGAUCGGGGCCAGUGUAACAAUUCCCAUCAAGGAUGGAAGAUUGGCAACUGGCACAUGGCAAGGUAUAUACUAUUUGGAGUUCCGGGCACACAGGCAGAACCGUCGUAUCGUGGCCACUAUUCAAGGGGAAAAGGCGUAG